AUGGCGGCUAAGUACGACGCGGUGUCGCCCGAGAUCCGGCAGUACCUGCGGGCGACGCUGACACCCGUGGUCUCCAUCUAUGUCCAUUGCAUGCACCAGCGCCGGCUCCGCGCCUUCCUCCUCUGGCGCAUGCACGUGGCCAAGGUCGGCAUGUGCGCGGCCCAAGCGCUCGUCACCGAUCGCCUUCGCAUCGUCGCACGUGGGCUCGUUCGCGCGCGCACGGCGGCGCAGAUCGCUUCGUCUCUCUGGCGUCUCAUGACGCGGUCAAGAACCAAGCGCCUCGUGCAUGGGUUGCUGCGCUGGAAGCUCGUGGUGACGCAGUAUGCUCAGAUUGCAUCGUACGCGCCCGAGUACAUGCAUUGGAUCGCGCGGCAUCCAAGUACUACGACGCUCCAAAGAGCGUCUUAG